AUGACGAAACUACCGGAACACUACCUCACCAAGAUGGCUCUCUCCAGCAACCCUGGGGACCGCGGCACUCAACUAUUCAUUGUCAUGAUGGUCGUGUUGGGUCUUGCAUGGAUACUGGUAUUGCUUCGAGCAUAUGUCAGAGUCAUCAUGAUCAAGAAUGUUGCGGCAGACGACUGGUGGAUGCUUGCUAGUAUUCUCGCAUACACGGCUUACUCGAUCGUGGCAUUGUGGGGGAUCAUCGACGGAGGCACAGGAAAGCACAUCACCAAUCUCAGCCUAGAAGAAACAUUGGUCGGCCUCAAGGCGUGGUACAUCUGCGAAGUCAUCUACGCACCCAUCUCGGCCAUGGUCAGGACCUCGGUCGCGCUGUUCCUUUACCGGGUAGCCACCGAGUCCAUCCACAAGUGGAUCAUAUGGAUCAAUCUCGGCGUCAUUUACAUCAUCUCCCUUGUGUUCACCUUCAUCGCCAUCUUCCAGUGCAACCCACCCUCCUACUUCUACGAGCAGGUACUGGGAAAGCCGGGUGGGUGCAUGGACAUCAAUGUCCUGCCCAGCGCGGUCAUCGCCCACAGCGUAAUUGGCGCGGUGACUGAUUUGGUCUUUGCUGCGCUUCCAGUUGCCAUGCUGUGGGAUGUUCAGCUGAACAAGAGGACGAAGGUUGUGGUUGCUUUGUUGCUAAGCAUGGGAGCAGUCGCUGGAAUUGCUCUGCUUGUGAGGAUACCAUUCGUCAAGAGAUUAGCGAUUACGCCAGACUUCCUGUUCGAGACAGUGGACGUUGCGAUCUGGUCUGUUAUGGAACCAUCACUUGGGAUAAUCGCCGGCUGUGUAGCGACUUUGCGACCACUCUUCAAGAGCAUGGGCUUCGGGAAGCCAACGACACAGAGGUACGGCUACGGUUCCUCUCGUUAUGGGCCUUCGGCGGCCUCCGACAGACGCACCUGGGGCCUUGGUCGGAACACGAUGCAGAAACUCAGCGAUGGGCCGUUCUCCCCAAGUACGAUCGACUCGUCACGCCUCGAGUCCGGGGCUGGCAUCCAGUCAACAUCAAACAACGACGAAUCCGACCUGGACUUUGAGAUGCAGCCACAGGGACCAGAUCCGGUACCUACGCAGUAUCAUGGGAAAGGAAUCGUGUCAACAAAGAUCGCCAGCACCCCUUGGGAGGACUUCGCCGCUCAGGGAAGCGGCAUUAAUGUACACACGUCUGUCAACAUCUCAUCACAACCGAGAUCGCACAAUUCCUUCCCACACCAACAGGGCUCGAUUUCGUCCUCGGCAACGACGUUGCCGAUACAGGGCUCAGCGGGAUCAGGAACGGCUUAA